AUCGAACCUACUUCCGCACGGCAGCUCGCACGCGUGACUCGCUCUUCCUUUCUAGCUCGCCGGCUGGCAGGUGGAGGUUCAUGCCGGCGGAUUCAUUCUCCGCUUUCCUUUAUUCUUUUUCAUUUAUUUAUUUAGUUAUUGAACAAAUUUAUAUAGCCGCCCAUCUCUCCAGAAGUGACUGCAAAGAAGCGCAACCCUCGACUAACCGAGACUUGGCACCAGGAGAACAGCCAUGCUUGCUCGUGGCAGGCAAAUUUUCAGUGGCCUUUCUGUCUACUGGAAGCCUCUCUUCCAAGGCCGCCUCCUGCUGGUAACCAACACUGUCAGCUGUGGGGGGCUUCUAGCGGCAGGAGACACACUUCGUCAAUCCUGGGAGAUGAGGCGGGACCCUAAACAGAAAUGGGAUCGUGCCCGGACGGCCCGAAUGUUGACCAUCGGCUGCAGCAUGGGCCCAAUGAUGCACUACUGGUACCUGUGGCUAGACUGGGCCUUCCCUGCUGCUGGCUUCAGCGGCAUCAGGACUGUCCUGAAAAAAGUUUUAAUUGAUCAGAUUGUUGCCUCUCCAGUCUUUGGGGUUUGGUAUUUCAUAGGGACUGGAUCUUUAGAAGGACAGACUCUGGAGCAAAGCUGGCAUGAAUUGGAGGACACCUUCUGGGAAUUCUACAAGAUGGACUGGUGUGUGUGGCCACCAACGCAGCUGAUCAACUUCCUGUUCCUGCCACCCAAGUAUCGAGUGAUCUACAUGGAGGUCAUCACUCUAGGAUGGGAUACUUAUCUGUCGUACCUUAAGUAUCGUAAUAAAAAGCCACCACUCAGCCUGGAUGAAGAUUCUAUUAAACCUUGCACCACUGACAUCCAAACUACUGAGUGAAAAGAGUCAACAACCAAACUAGUUUGUUUUUUAAAACUCGAAGUAAUCUGGCAUCUUUUUUGAGAAAUACUAUUUGUGCUACACAGGAACUGGUGCUUGAAUGAGAUGCACUCUGUUUUCAAGGCUCGGAGCACUUUUCCUUUGGCAAAGUUGGUAUGGCCACGGCAUCCAGCAGAAGUGCUAUCGCUUGUAAUGUGUCGCUAAAAGUGCCAAAUUAUUAUUUUUUCUGAUUUAUUUAUUUAUUAGCUUAAUUUUGUGCCACCCCAAUCUCAUGGUUCUGGAUGGCAGUACAAGAAUCUCAACAGCAAUCUUAAAAAUCAGUCAUGUCAAUUUAAAAGUUGUGGACAAAGAAAAUAUGGCCAUCUUCCUUCUCCACUAAGCCUCAGAGGAAGCUGGAAAGGGAAAGUUUUCCAGAGCUUCUUAAACGCCAAGAGUGAAGGUGUCAAGUGUAUUUCCAAGGGUGGUAUAUUCCAUAGAGGUGUGACCACACCUGAGAACUGUUGAUUCUUACCAGAUGGUUUGAAUUAGCAACUGAGUUCAUCCUUCGGAGGAUGAAUGCAUCUGUUUUGGAAGGAAUAACUAUUUAGGUAACAGGAGAGUCAGACACACUAAGAAAGUACUGUGGUGCAAGGAAAAAAAAGGGAAAUUCAUCUUAGGAUCUGUAAACCCAGAGCAUCCUUUCUAGAACUUGCUGCCAGAGGGGAUGAAGCUGGGCAGCCUAUUCAUUUAAUAAAUAAACUAAAAAAUUAAUGAACAAGCUUGAGAGCAACUUCACCCCGCAAUUCUGUGUUGCAAGUUCAAAUACGGAGAAUCAGAUCAUGUUCUAAUUGUUAUUCUAAUAAGCAGUGCUGCAAAAGGUAGAAUAAAAAAGCUUAAAACCAAGAGAGAGGGUAUGGCCUAGUGACUCUAAAGCAAAGGAAUUUUUCAGUUCUCCAUUUUUUUCUUCAGUGGAUUAGAGGAAUACAUCAGGGAAAUAUUUGCUCAGUAUAUGCAGACUUCUAUUGAACUUACUCAUCUUCAUCUUACCUGCUGCAUUUGCUGUAUAGAUCAAACUGCCAGAGGAGAUUGUUUGGAACACUGGAGUGGGUUGCAGUCGAUAUGCUGGUGAUACCUAGUUCUCUUGUAUUUUGCCACCCAACUUCAGAAAAAUAGCAUGGACCCUUGAAGAUUGCUUAGUCCAAUAGACUGGAUGAGGGAGAACAAGUUGAAAUUAAAUGCAGACAAGGUGGAUGUGCUGCUGGUCAAUAGGAAAUACUGGUACUGUGAUUUAGACUGUGCUGGAUGGUGCUGCACUCCUUCCUAAAACAGCAGGUCCACAGGUUACUUGUGAUUCCCAGGAGAUUCUCCAGAAAAAUCAAUGGCAAAAGGUGCAUUUCCACACUCAUGCUAUGUGUGUCAAUUACAAUUAAUUGUUGGCCAGCUGGAUUUGACAACAGUUAUCCACAUUUUUGUUAUGUCUCAUCUGCUCUACUUGGAGGCCACCCUGAAAAGGCUGAUAAGGAUUUCAAAGAUGAUCUUGUAAAUAGCCACCUGCAAGAUCCUCUACUAUCAGUGAAAAGAAAGUCUCUACCCUAAUGUAUUUGUGGAUAAAUUUAUUCUAAAUUGGUAAUAGUUCAGUAGCUGAAAUUACUGUACCUCUGUCUCUUUCCUCUCAAUAAAUCUUUUUAAAGAAAACUCACAAUCUUACCUGUAAGAAUUAUUUUUAAUUGAGCAACUGCCAAAGAACCUGGCACAGGGGUACUUCCAAAACCUCACUAUUUUCACUCUCCAAUUCCUCCAAAGCACUUUGAAACCAAACUGCAGUUUGCUUUGACAACCAGCAAAAAUUGUAGGAAAUAUGCUGAGAAACCAUAAAUCAAUCAGUACUUCCAAC